GAAGUAACAAUAUGAAUGUUGUGAAUGUGUGAUAUCUUGAUCUUUUUUUCUAAAAUUCGUAUUUGUCAAAUUUUAUGACUUAGAGAAUUUAUAUUUAUUCCCUUAAAGAUAAUGUACCAUUGUUUUUCUGAUUUAAUUUUAAUUAAUCUGUAAUUUUAUUUUAUUGAGUUGUUUGUCAUUCUGAAUCAUCUCCAUGUCAGGGUAUCCUACAGAAUCCAAAAAUGAAUUGUAAAUUACCCUAGAAGAACAGUACAUUAAAAAAUACUGCGCAUCUAAUUGGUGAAGAUAUCUUACGUCAAACCCACGCCAAACAUGGUCCCCCCCUGGUCCCUACUACCGCUCAUUUUAUCACAGCCACCCGUUCGAGCGCAGCACUAACGCUAGUCGCGAAAAUUAAGACGUACGAGACUUAAGACAUAGUUAGCCAGCCCCGAGAAGAAUGGCUAUGUUAUAAUUAUACACUGUGAGAUUCAUAAUAUAUAAAAAUUCGAUUGAAAUGUCCGUGACAAACUUUCAGAUUCAUCGUACCUUCCGUGUUAUAAGACGUCAUGUGCAUUCAUGUCCAGUAAUGUGUAAAUCUGUGAAUAAACAGGCUAAAACGAUGGCUAAGUUGAUGACUGCUUCAUAUCGUAAAAAAAAAAGUUGGUAUAGCGCAGAAAUCAUGUCAAACAUACCUUUAUUACCUGCAAAUAAAAAAUUCCAGGAAGGUGGUACCACCAAAAGGCGCGUUGAUGUUCUCAACAAGCUCUUCAUGAGAUCUAUCACAGACUUGCUGGCAACCGGGGAAGUGGCACCUUAUCUGAUAGGGCAUGGGGUGUCAAUUACAAAAGUAAAGGUGGCCGCUGAUUACAGUGCAGUAAAUGUAUAUUGGACUGCUAAAGGGGCAGGACAAAAUGUUGACGUAGACAAACAUUUGGAAAAGGCUGGAUUUGAUUUACGCCAUCAUCUGAGUCAGUUGCACAUAUUGGGAAAGGUUCCUAGGAUUUGUUUCAUCAAAGAUAAAUGGCAAAUCAUUAUAGAAGAGACACUAAAUUGUCUUGAGAAUACCGAAAUUAAAGAUGAUUUAGAAAAUUUUGUAGUAAAUACGAAAUUGGAAGAUCCUCAAGGAUCAGAAGAAUUGGCUAAAAUUGAUCAACUUGAAGGCCUUAUUGAUGAAUAUCCAUUGCCUCCUAUGAUUCAUAACGUUCUUGGUUUGGAUCAUGCUGCCAUAAUGACCAAGAUUGAAAAAGCUGUUAAAAAGUCUGAAGCAAAACACAGACAAAGUUCUUUAAGUAGUGAUUCCACGACUCACCUGGAACAUAAUGUGACAGACGUCUUAGGGAGUAAUAAUGAUGUUCAUCCUUCUGAUGUGACCAAAUAUAUUGCAAAACGAAGGAUUGAAAAGAAGCAAGCCAAACAAGCUCUUCAUAAACAAAUGAUGGCAAAGAUGGAAGUGUUUGAAAAAUCCAAAGAUGAAGAGUAUAUUGACACUGAAGAUGGUGAUUUCAUUGAAGAAUUUGAUGUGAUGAAACAUUACACAGAACUCAGAGAGUAAUAAGUAAUUUAGCUAUAAGCUCUCCUUUGAACACUCAUGCCCUUUGGUGCUACACAAACACUUGUGGGGUGGCAGAUGGAUUUUUCAUAUUUAUUGCGCAAUUUUUUAAACAGAUUUUUUUCAAAAUAUUGUUUUCAAAUUUUGAAGAAGAACUUUCCAUAUUACAAAAUUGAUACAACUUGCUUAAACAUUUUUCCAAUUGUAAUAAAAAAUCUUCGUAUAGCAGAAAACUCCACUAAAUUAAAAAACGUCUUUUAGUAACUAAUCUCAAUAAUGUUUGAAACAGUUGUUUACAUAGUUAAACAUUAGAAAUAAUUUGGGAACAAACAACUCUUAUAAGUAACAGUAAUCACAAUGUUUGUAUUUGUUGAUCCCGAUGCAUUGAUGACCCUUCUUCAUGGACCUAUAUCUUUUUGAGAGUCUUGCACUAAAAUGUACUAUAGGCAGGAUUUUUGACACUAUCUUCAUAGCUAAGUUGAAUUCAACUGCUAUCUGAAGGAGAAUUUUAGCAUCUGGCAGCUCUGAUUGGUAAUUUUCAGUGUUUUUUCUGAUCAACAGCAGGUGAAUACCAGAGCAGUACCCUAACAAAUAGGUCAUAGACCGUGCGUGAUCUUUCCUUCCCCUACCUUGUCCUCUCCUCACCCCUUACUAACACACACCUACUCUCUCCUACACUACACAACCAUGCAUGUCAGACCUUAGAGUUUGUCCCGACUGGGGCAGUACCCUUCUGAUGGGAGAUACCUUGUUGGGAAAAAAACCACAAGUGAACAUGUAGGGCGGUGCCUGUUUUCACCAUCCAACAGGAAGAUCAGUGCAACCUCCCAUGAUGCAAACAUGCACUGAACUUACAGGACUAACGAUCUUAGCUGUUGACAUGACUGAAAACACUAAUCAAUCAAUCUAAAACUAGAGAAUCAUGAUUGCUUACUCAAGCUGUUGAUUCCAAUGCAGAAAAAGAGCAGAUUUUUCAAAUUUGCAGCCAAUUGCCAGUUUGAGUGCUCAAAGGCUAAUUUAACCUUUACUUCAGGAAGGAUUACAAUACGGAUUGGCUCAUUCUAUACAUAUUCUUGAAGUUUAGUCAAAAGCGCACAAGUGAAAUAGUCUAAUUUAGUACCUUGCAUGUUUGUUCUGAUUCUUAUCUUUGUGGUCAUACUGGUAAUUUCACAAAAUUUUGUUGACGUGUUCUUAAAUUGAUAAUAGAAAAAUAUUUUGCUCAGCUUCUUUAAAAGUUAUUUCUUCUAUUUAAUUCUUAGAGGAAGUGUAAGAGGAUUUCUAUAAUUUCUGCUAUUUAAUUCUUAGAUGAAUGUAAAUAUUUCUGUAAAUAAAACUUUGUAUUAAAUGUGGUGUUUAUGUUUUAUUUCAAUUCUUUUAAAUCUGCCUUGCUUGUGCUCUUCAUCAAAUAUCUUGUCUGCCUGUGUUAUUAU